UUAUAAAGUUUAAUUGACCCUUCUACAUAGACAACCAGUAUUACAGGUUCAUUACUGCGCAGUCGCACGUAUAUUGACAAUCCAAAUAUUCAAAAUUCUAAAUGUAUUUUUAUCAUUUCGUAGAUAAAGACUUACUAGAUAAGAAUAUUUUUUCCGUCAAAUCCAAUACUCAAAGUUUGCAAAAUUGUUUCUGUAUCAUUUACAGAUGGACACAGAAAAAUUAAAUACAGAUAAUAAAAAUAAUAAGAAGACUGCAUGAGUCAUGCGCAUUUUAAAUUCACUCAGUUAGUUUGUUAUCGGCCAUGUUCAUUGAUAUAUCUAGGAAGUGUUGAAGAGAAUUCGUUAAUUUUUCAAUAGUUUAUGUGAAAUUUCCGGCCUAAAAAUGGCAGGGAACAUGGGAAUGGAGCAGCUUAUUCCUAUCGUGAAUAAGUUGCAAGAUGCUUUCACACAAUUGGGAGUUCAUAUGACUUUGGAUUUACCUCAGAUCGCUGUGGUGGGCGGACAAUCUGCAGGGAAAAGCUCUGUUUUGGAAAAUUUCGUCGGAAGAGACUUCCUUCCUAGAGGAUCUGGCAUUGUUACUCGUAGACCUCUUAUUCUGCAGCUAAUAAAUGCAAUUUCUGAACAUGCUGAAUUUUUACAUUGCAAAGGAAAGAAAUUUGUGGAUUUUAAUGAGGUCAGGCAAGAAAUUGAGGCAGAAACUGAUCGGGUUACUGGAAGCAAUAAGGGCAUUUCUAACAUUCCCAUUAACUUAAGGGUAUAUUCCCCAAAUGUGUUAAAUUUGACAUUGAUCGAUUUGCCUGGUUUAACGAAAGUUCCAAUUGGGGACCAACCAGUGGAUAUUGAACAACAGAUCAAAUCAAUGAUCAUGCAAUUCAUAAAAAGAGAAUCCUGUCUCAUUCUGGCAGUCACACCGGCCAACACAGAUUUGGCCAAUUCGGAUGCCCUUAAGUUAGCCAAAGAAGUCGACGUUCAAGGUAUAAGAACAAUUGGUGUUAUAACAAAACUUGAUCUUAUGGACGAAGGUACAGAUGCUCGUGAUAUAUUAGAAAAUAAAUUAUUACCUCUUAGGAGAGGCUAUAUCGGUGUCGUAAACCGUUCACAAAAAGACAUUGAAGGAAGAAAAGACAUAAACGCUGCCUUGGCAGCAGAAAGAAAAUUCUUCUUAAGCCACCCAUCGUAUAGACACUUGGCAGAUCGCCUGGGAACCCCAUAUCUACAGAGGGUUUUGAAUCAGCAGCUAACUAACCACAUACGGGACACUUUGCCUAGUUUAAGAGAUAAAUUACAAAAGCAGUACUUGCAAUUGGAGAAAGAUGUGGAUCAGUUUAAACAUUUUAGACCUGACGAUCCUUCUAUUAAAACCAAAGCGAUGUUACAGAUGAUUCAACAGUUGCAAGUGGACUUCGACAGAACCAUCGAAGGUUCCGGUUCUGCUCAAAUCAAUACGAUGGAAUUAUCGGGCGGUGCUAAAAUUAACAGAUUAUUUCACGAAAGGUUUCCAUUCGAAAUCGUCAAAAUGGAAUUCGACGAGAAAGAGUUGCGUAGAGAGAUUGCGUUUGCUAUUAGAAAUAUUCAUGGUAUUAGAGUUGGUUUAUUCACACCAGAUAUGGCCUUCGAGGCUAUAGUUAAAAAACAAAUAUCUAGAUUAAAAGAGCCGUCGUUGAAAUGUACAGAUUUGGUUGUACAAGAAUUAUCGAAUGUUGUAAGAAUGUGUACAGAUAGAAUGAGCCGUUAUCCCCGUUUACGCGAAGAAGUUGAAAGAAUAGUAACGACACACAUUAGGAGUAGGGAACAGCAUUGUAAAGAACAGUUGUGUUUGCUUAUAGACUGCGAACUGGCAUACAUGAACACCAACCACGAAGAUUUCAUCGGAUUCGCCAACGCCCAAAGUCAGUGCGAAAGCGCGGCAGCUAAAGGAACCCGCGGUACCCUCGGCAACCAGGUCAUUCGCAAGGGUUACAUGUGCAUCCACAAUUUGGGCAUAAUGAAGGGCGGUUCCAGAGAUUAUUGGUUCGUUUUGACGUCGGAGAGCAUUUCUUGGUACAAGGACGAAGAGGAGCGCGAGAAAAAGUACAUGCUGCCUUUGGACGGGUUGAAAUUGCGGGAUAUCGAGCAAGGUUUUAUGUCUAGGCGGCACAUGUUUGCACUUUUUAAUCCCGAUGGUAGGAAUGUAUAUAAGGAUUAUAAACAACUUGAAUUGAGCUGUGAAACUUUAGACGACGUUGAUUCAUGGAAAGCAUCAUUUUUGAGAGCCGGUGUUUACCCAGAAAAACAAACUGAUACUUUAAACGGGGAGGAUUCUUCAGGCGACAGCGGAUCUAGUUCGAUGGAUCCCCAAUUGGAACGACAAGUGGAAACCAUUAGGAACUUGGUCGACAGUUAUAUGCGUAUAGUGACCAAAACCACUAGAGAUUUGGUACCAAAGACCAUUAUGUACAUGAUCAUCAAUCACACCAAAGAUUUCAUUAACGGUGAACUUUUGGCACACAUUUAUGCCAGCGGGGAUCAAGCGCAAAUGAUGGAAGAGGCUCCCGAAGAAGCGCAAAAACGCGAAGAAAUGCUCCGUAUGUACCACGCCUGCAAAGAAGCUCUGCACAUCAUCGGCGAUGUUUCGAUGGCGACAGUUUCCACACCAGUACCCCCGCCAGUGAAAAACGAUUGGCUGGCUAGCGGUCUUGAGAAUCCCAGGCUGUCGCCACCGAGUCCUGGGGGACCCAGGAAAGCGACGCCACAGAUGAGCGCCGUUGGAUCUAGCGGUUCGCUGGGUUCGAGGGCACCACCACCGCCACCGAGCACUGGCAGGCCCGCUCCCGCCAUUCCAAACAGACCUGGCGGCAAUGCACCACCCAUGCCUCCAGGUAGACCCGGGGGACAAGCCCUGCCCGCACCUCUCAUACCCACUCGACUCCCAGGGCAGCAAGGAGGCUUUCAAGUGCCUCAGCAGGUGCAGAUGGCAGUUGGCAAGGCCGUCACGAAUGCCGCCAUCAACGAACUAUCCAACUCCUUCAAAUUCCAUAAUCGACCUAUACCGAAUGUUCCACCAAGAAUACCGGACAGACCGCAUCCAGGCAGACCCAAUUAGUUUAAAAUAAAAAAAGUUUUCUAGUCAGAAAUUUAAUUAACAAGUUUGCUCGGGGACCACACGGUGCAAAAAAAAACUGAGAAAGGUAGAACAGAAAAAGUUCGUCGGAUUACGAGUACGGCUUUGUUACGUCAGGUCAUGUUAUGCCGGAGAGUGAGAAUCAAAAUACUGUGAUUCAAUAUUUAUUUUAAAAUGUGCGCAUGAUUCUACGAUGGAUAUUUGUUACAGGGUGAUUUAUUAACAAUUUCACGUUGAAUUAUUUCAUAAACAAAUGUACAUGUAACAAUCGAGAAUAAUGUAAAAUACUUGAGAUGUUAAAAUUAUACAUAUGAACAAUUAAUUGUACUUAUUUUUUUAAGAGGUAUUAUGUGUUUCAGAACUUUGUCCAUUACCUCUGAUGAAAUCGGCUUCAAAAAAAUUAAUAAGGCGUCGUCUAAAGAUAUUUACAGUUUUUAAACAACUCAAUUACUUUCUAAAAUAUCAUCUUUGGAAAUGUUAAUUGAACCACUAUGUAUAUAAAUUUCAGUAAUAAUACUGGAUGUGAUAUAUCUUUGGCAUUUAUAAAUGUUUGCCAAUUAGAAGGCAGGAAGUGUAUCACAUAUUAUUUGUUGACCUUCUGGGUUCUUUUUUAGUUACAUGAUAAUAAAUUUUCACGUUUUUUUUCUUUUUUCAAAGUUGGAAUUAUACGUUAAAUAUUUUAUUUCUCUAAAAUAUUGUGUUACAUAAUAGAAUCACCCUGUACUAAAAAAUCAAUUAUUGUAGAAUCAUCGAUAGAGUACGUAUUUUAUAUACACGAAGUAUAUAUUUUAUUUCGAUUUUUUAAAUUUUAGUUUUUUUUUUUUUUUUUUUAAUCAUGUGUAUAUAACGUACGAAUAUGUUAUAUUUUUGGUAAAAUCAGAAACACUAGUCUUAUGUUAAUAGUAUUAUUAAAAUGUAGGUCAAUUUUGUCUACUUCGCGUUGUAAAAUAUAAAUUUGAUAAUUAUGUAUAUAAUGUGUAUUUGUAUUAAAUUUAUUUUUAAUAAUUUUGUUUUUUGUUUUUUUUUGUUCCUAAAAACAUUUUUAUUUUUUGGUUUACAUUUUGGAAUGCACAUAUUUUUUUAGGCACAUUAAUG